GCUGGGGGGUGGCCCUGUCGCCGCUACCGGGCCGGAGUGGGAGGGGUUUGGCGGCGGCCCGCGCGGUGGCGGCAGAGGCGGCCCUGGGCUCGGACUGGGAUGGAGCAGAAGCACGCCGGGCGCGGGAGAACACGCAGCUGACAGAGCCGUGCUGCGUUCCCCUUUCUUCCCCGCCAGCCGCCCGAGCCACCCCGCUCGCAGAGCUGCGGGCGGGCAGAGCAGUAGCGCUGCGCGCGCGGUCUCUCGGCCAGUCCCGGCAAACUCUUCUACCGCCGGAGCCGGACUCGGCACCAAGCAGCAGGGUACCAUGGUCUGCAAGACUCUCUUCGCCCUUUGCAUCUUCACAGCAGGACUGAGGGCACAGAGUCUGCCUCCAGCAUCUGUCUUGCCUGUUUCUCUUUCGGCCAAGACUAUCCUGCCGACGGCCACCUGGACCAGCUCUCUGCAAAGACUUCCAGCCUCCCCUACCAGUGGCACGCCCAGCAACUCGGUGCUUCCCAUCACAACAGCGGUGCAGACUUCUCCCUUCCCCAAGAACGCAUCCAUAGAACCCAGAAAAGUGGAGGCCACCACUGCAGUCUCAAAACAGGUGGUCACAAGCACAGACUCCUCGCCCACAAGCAGUGGAGUCCAGUUAACACACACAUCCGUGGAGCACAGCCCCAGCACGCCCGAGCCCAGUGUGCCAACUGCCAGAUCACAGUCCUCUACUGUAUCCCCCACAGUCACCAUCUCUCAGGCUCCAGCCUCCUCACCACUACCAACCACACCCCCAGAGGUGUCUUCUGCCUCCAUCAGCACCAACCACAGCUCUGCUGAGAACAGCACCCAGCCCACAGAAGUCCCGGCCACACCAAAGUCCACAACAGAGGGGCACUGGUCUGACCACGUGCCCUCUACACCCACCUCUGCUGAGCCAGCGCCCGCAGAGACAACACCCCCAACCACCGUGUCAAGUGUAGUGACCUGUGGGGUGAAAGAGGUCGAGAUCACUACAGCGUCCCCUGGGGUGAUCAUGCAGGAAGUGGAGCACGCACUGAGUUCAGGCAGCAUCGCCGCCAUCACGGUAGCCGUCAUUGCUGUAGUGCUGUUGGUGUUUGGAGUCGCAGCUUAUCUGAAGAUCAGGCAUUCCACCUACGGAAGGCUUUUGGAUGAUCACGACUACGGGUCCUGGGGAAACUACAACAACCCUCUGUAUGAUGACUCCUAACAAAGGAACGUGGCCUGCGAUGAGGAAUUACUCUUCUUUAUUUAUAAGUGCUUAUCCAGUAGAAUUAAUUACAAGUACCUGAUGCCCACUGAGCGACAAUCUUAAGCCCUGUUUUGUUGGUAUGACUGUCCUGUUUUCCUCCCUCUCCUCUGGCUGCUACAACUUCCCCCUUUCUGGUACAAACAGAAUCAUUAUUUCAAGGUAUGCGAAGUCUGAUUUGCAGAUAAAAUGGGCCAACCUUGGGCAGGCCAGACCAGACCACAUGCUGGAGGCUUCUGUUCCCACCAUCCAACCCACGUCGAGGACUGAGGAAGAGGGACUGAGUUGUUUGGUCAGGGGUUACUUUUAGGGGAACUUUUUGUUUGUGGCAUUUCUUAAACUUUUAUUUAGGAAAUUAUAUUAACUAUCAAUGAGGUGAAAGGAAGUGCAGACGGGGAAGAUUUUGCCUUGUGUGUGUGUGUCCUCGCGCGUGUGCGCAUGCUGAAGCAGUUUCUCAGAUUCCUUUUUAUCCUUGUUUAUCUGGUUGUCUGACAGGACAGCUCUAGGCUCAACUAGCUGCAUACCAACUCCUGAGCUGCCUAAUUAAUGAAAGAGGAAACUAGAAGGUGCCCUGAGGAGGUCAACAGGCUGAAGAGCUACAUCUCCCACCUAUUCCCCCUCUAGAUCACUGGUAUUUGCUAAAGAUGCCCAGCCUGGCACAGCAGGUGUGUUCCUGUCCACAAGCUUGCAGGGGCACUGCCAGGAUAAGAGGUGAAGACAGGGAGAGGCAUGUGGCUUGAGCAUCCGGUGGGGGAGUGUGGGAUGGUGGAAGGUUAGGGGGAGCUCAGGAGCACUGAGCACCUGUCAGGGAAAGUGAAAAUCAGCCCUCAAUAAUAGCCAGAGAAUCCACAGACUCCUUGUGUAUACCCAUAAAUCUGGUUUGCUGCCUCUUGCCUGUUGGUUAAUGGCUGGAAACUGUUUUUAAAAGAAAAAUGUAAAGGCACUCAUCUGUCGGCAGUUGUUCUGAGGCAUUUCCACAAGAAACAGACACCACAAUUAAUCCACUGAUUUUUCUUACAUGUUCCCCUUACUAAUUCUGCCCGUCAGUAAAUGUCUCUCCUGGAUAAGUGAAGCUUUGCAAUGAUGAGUUUAGAGAAAGAAUUGGUCAUCUUCACUGACAGGUUUAUGAUAGUAGUCUUUAGACAACACGUGGUUUUUACCCCCAAGGACAUUGGGAAGUGUCUGGUGACAUUGUUACAGUUUGGGGGUAUCACAGCCAGGAGGGCAGAGGUUAGUGCACCACACCAUGAAUUCUCUGGCCCAACAUCAUACUGAACUUGAGAAACCCUGAUUUAUUGCAGUUUCCACUCCGAUGGAACAUGAUAUUCACAGACUAGCAACAGUUUUCAUUUUUAAUCAAAUUAUUUGUUAAAUAUUUAUUUCAAAAUAUUGACUGAUGGGUUGGUCAGGGCAUGAUUGAAUUCUUUUUGUAUGUAUGUUUUUCAUGGCUAUAGCUCUGUCUUACAAUGACUGCUAUUAGCAACCGGCAUCAAUGUGAUAAUUUCAUGGAGUAAAAAUUUAAUGCUGGGUGUCUUGCUUCAGAAUGUACCACAUGGUCCUACAAUGUCAUGAAGAACUUGAAACUGGAUCAUUUUAUAUUUCUAAACUUGGACAUGCUGCCAUGACUCUAUUUAGUUUACAUAAACUUGACUCUCAGCUCAUCCCAUCCCCUCUGUGGCCCAGCAAAACAGAGACACUGACAUGGUCUAGUCCUCUCUGGGUCAGAGGCCCUAGGGUUCAUGCCAUUUCCACACUGUGUCAGCCAACAAUCUGAAAGAAAUCAUUCCAAAACUCCUUAACUCCCAAAGGAGAGUAAGCAAUCACCAGAAAUAUACUACAACAGGAAUGGGUCAAAUCAGGAAUUUUGAUAAUUAGAAAUCAAGGAAAGUGGACAUGUCUAGAAAACAGGCCAGAAAUAACAUCUGGCCAUGUGUGGCUUAAAUAAUUUCUCCUCUUUCCAACUAUCCUCCCCUUCCUAGGUUUCCAGUUUAGCACAGGACUAGUCAAUAAAAACAGAUCAUUCCAUUCCAUGUAUUUUUUUCUCCCUCAACUGAAAAACAUUUUGAAAAGCCAUCCACCUCACCUUUGGAGAGGUGCACUUCUGGAUGUUGUUUUAGUCAUGGGUCGGAGAACUAGCCACUUCCCAGGGAACUCUGGUUGAUUGUAAGCCUCAGAGUCAGCAAACAAAAUGGGUUUGUUGCUAAUAAUUAUUUUCAAAUCCUGUGACAAACAGAAGGCUCUGGACUUAAUGUAGACUUAUUCAGCAAGUUGACAGCUUUUGUAACUAUUCAAGCACUCUUCGAUAUGUUAAUAUAAAUACCUGUGGGUUGAACCUCAUUUUACUCAAUGCAUUUUUUUUUUCUGAGUUGGCCAAAGGAUUUUAGCAACUGAAUUCAAUCAACAAACGCAUGCACACAUUUUGAAAUGUACGGUGGUCAUGGACGUCCUUUACCUCAGGGAAGUCUGUUCAGGUCUACCCAAGGGAAAGACUCCAGUAGAUCUAAACAACAUGUACCAUCCAGGGACAGGACUUGCCAUAAGAGAGACAAUGUCAGAGCUGGAGGAGACAAGCAGCCUCUUCCGGAGCAUAGAUCCUAAAUGGUGAGUGUGGGAUUCAACUUUGUGCCCCAUAGCAGCAGUGAAGUCUCCUGCCCUCCCUGGACGUCUGUGUCUUUGUUUCUUAAAUGGAGGUGACACUUUCAUAUGGUCCUCACCCCACGCUACCUCACAAGUA